AUGACAAAUGAAAUGGGUCGCAAAGAAACACGCUACUUAGAGACUUUAAAUUGUGAUUCAAUGGCCCAGCAAAACAUGAAAAUGCGUCCAGUGCUAUUGAAAAGGAACAGUCUGGAUUCAGUCGAUUUUAUGAGACGGCCACACCACCGCAGAACCAAAUCUCAGCAAGUUCGAUUCAAGGAUGAUGGUGUGAACACAAAGAUGGACCUGGGUACUAAUCCUGCACAAGAUAUAGCAUUUACAACUGGAAAAACAGAAGUAUUUAGGGAUAACAAUUUUUUGCUACAUCAAUCUCCAACUUUUCCAAGGGCUCAGAAGGGGCUUCGGAAUAUUGCCAUACAAACAUCUCCUCGCCUCAGGAAACACUUCCCCAUUUUUAAAAAGAAAAAGCUGACAGUAAGCAAAUCACUAACAGAAAUGCCAACUGAGCCUGCAAAUUCUAUCCAAGUAAAUGGCGACCUUUCUGAACACGACAUUAUGUCUUCUGAUCUCUGUUAUUUAAGAAUAACUAACCAUUUGGAAGAUGGGUUUAGGAAUAGUGAGAUGGAUCAUCAUUUAAGUCAAUCAAAAGCACAAAGCAAUGGACCUAUCCACUCAGAUGAUUUCUCAGCAUCAGAGAAGACAACUGUUUCUACACAGGUGCCUGAAUACAUACAUGUGAGUUUUCCACAAGACAGCAAUGUUUUUAUGGAUACACCAGACACGACCAUGAAUUUAAGCAGUUCACUGCAUUCUUCUACUGUCAUAAAUAGCAAUAAAAAAAAUGAAAACAGCACGCUGUCAUCUAAUUGUGAAAAAGCAUACUCUUGCCUAAGCAACUCUAACUGCAGUGAAUACAAACCUCAUUCUGACUCUUGUGAAGGAGAUAAAAGUGAUUCUGAGAUGCUUGUAGCUAAAGAUGCAAGCAGUAAGAAAACCACUCCAUUAUCACCUCCAUCAAAUCACAGUUCAUCUCCUUGUUUCCUCAGAGACUAUCAACAGGCAGGAGAGCAGAAAACAGAUAUCAGCUGUGUGACAUUAACAAAUGAUGAUCACACAACAAUGUCACUGACCAGCAGUAAUAUAUCAAAAUGUGAUCUGUCAUGUAAUACUGAAAUCAAGAAAAAUUCUACCCAGUCAGAUGUUUCCCAGUGUAACAGCUGUUUAGAAGGAUUUCACAUAAAGUCUUAUCUGCCAAGGAAUGAAAUAAAGCCACAAAACAAAGAGAUUAGUGAAAUAAAUCAAAUUCAUUUGGCACAUGGUGAACUCUGUGCCCUACAAGGCAGGCUACAGUCUGUAGAAGAAUCCUUGCAGUCAAACCAGGAGAAGAUUAAAGUCCUUUUGAAUGUAAUCCAAGACCUGGAAAAAUCCAGAGCCCUCAGUGAAGGGCGCAACUUCUAUCACACUGGUCAAGACCUCAACAACUGCAGCACCUGUCAGAACACCGCAUGCAUCAUUUACAGUGUAGAAUACGACUUCAGACAACAAGAAGGAAGAUUUCAUCAGAUUUUGAAAACGCUGGAUCAUGCAGAGCAAAAUCCAGCUUCAGUUUCACCUCAGAAACUACCAUCUGAUCACCCAGCUCCUGAGAAAAAGGAGUUAAGAAGAAAAACAAAAAAGGUGAAAAGGAAAUGUUUCUGGUGGAUUUGA